UACACAAAACAAACAGAAGAAAUCUCACAUAGCUAGCUAAAGAACAAGCAAGAGAGGAUUAGAUUAUCACAAUUCACAAUGGAAACAAGAUCAGCAAAACGCAAGAAAAUGGCUCAAAUCAUGGAGAACGAAGCGAAAGCCGCCGCCACGGAUCGGAUCAGCGACCUCCCAGACGCCGUCCUCCACCACAUUCUCUCCCUCCUCCCGAUCAAAACCGCCGCCCAGACGAGCAUUCUCUCCAAGAGAUGGAAGUUUCUAUGGACCACAUUCCCCGAUCUCGACUUCAGAACCAUCGAUCCACAUGCAUUCUCCUCUCGAAAUCUGCAAUCAUCAGAUUUCGAAACGUCAGGUCACCCAUUAGCUUCAACCAUGGAUUUCAUCACACAAGUACUCUCGACGCGCGACAAGGACUCGGACAUUAGGGCUCUUUGCUUCCGCGCCCGGUUAAGCUUUUCGCGGUUGAAUAGCUUAAUCCGGAGCGCGGUAAGGCACAAUGUGAAAGAGCUUGACAUCGAAGUCACACCAGAAGUGCGAACAGAUGAGUAUUUCAAUUUUCCAAGAUGCUUAAUUGCGAGUAAAACUUUGAGGGUUUUGAAAUUGAGAUCAGGUUUUCGGUUACCUCCUUCAUCAAUCAUGAAAGAAACGUUUCAAUCUCUUCACACAUUGUCAUUGACAUUAGGCCCGGUGGAUCAUCAGGCUCCUUUAUCUGAUUUGUUUACUGAAUCCGCUUUUCCUUUUCUGAGGAACUUGCACCUGCAAUUGUGUUUUGGAUUGCGAGUUCUUCGCGUUGGUUGUCUCGCUCUUCGUGAUUUGAGCUUGGAGAAAUGUAUUAACCUUCACGGUUUGGAUGUUGUCACGCCAAAACUCGAGAGGUUGAGAGUGUCAGAGUGUUUUCACGGGUACCAUAAUAAGAGUUGGGUGAGGAUCAAUGCACCGAAGCUUGAGUCGUUGUUUUGGCAGUAUAAUGCAGUUGCUGAUGUUACUGUUUUUGAGCGUUCGAAUGUGUUGCAUGAGGCUUCCGUUGAUUUCGUUUUGGUGAUGAGUAAGAAUGAUAAAGUUAGCAUGGAUAAGCUUCAAAGUGCCAUAAAUUUCAUGGCUGGAUUGUCUUGUGCCCGUUCGUUGACACUUGAUAGCAAAACUAUAGAGAUGCUAUCAAAUAGCAACUUCUAUAUUGAGCCAUUAUAUAAUCUUAAAUCAUUAGAGCUGCAUACUUGUUUCAACAAAACUAAUAUUCAGGGAUUGGCAUGCUUAUUCAGGAGCUCUCCCACCCUCCACACACUCAUUGUCAAGAUCAUUGACCAUAAUAAGUUUGAUAGAAAACAGUGGAAUAAGGACUUGGACAUGACUAGCAAUGAAGAAGAGCAGUAUUGGGAGUCUGAGAUCCCAACUCUGAAGCCUUUUCUGCAACACUUGAAGGUGGUUGAAAUUCAUGGGUUUCUUGAUUGUGAGAAUGAAGUUACACUAGCAAAGUUUCUCCUCAAGAAUGGGAAGGCCUUAGAAGAGAUGGUAUAUUUCACAGGACAUUGUAAUACAAGUAGUACUCUUAGGCGACAAAAAGUAAGGCAGCAUAUGUUGAUGGGUGUUUCUUGGGCUUCUUCUAAUGCAAAAGUGACGUUUCGGUAGCCUUGUCACAUUGUUGCUUAUUCUAGGGAGGGAGGGUAGUGAGGAUGGUUUC